GUAAAGCCAGACUAGACGGGAGAGGAGUAGGUGGCCUUUGACCUCCACGAGUGUUCGUGGGCACCAAAGAUGCAGGCAUUCCUUGCUGCUCGGACCCAGAACCGAAACAAAUCUAGGCAAGAGAGUCCAAACCAAAGUCAAAGCCAAAGCCGUAGCCGCAGCCAGAGCCGGAGCUGGAGCCAGACUCCCAGCCGUAGCCGCAGUAGGAGCCGAAGUCAAAGCGCCAGUCCGAGCCCUAGUCCACACAGGCACCACACCAGGACGGCACACUCCCAUCGCUCUUCAUCCCGAGCCCAUCCCCACACUCACUCCCACUACCAUUCCCAUCAUUCCAGCAGUUAUCCUAAAAGAAGGAAGGCAACAGGGGUAGCAAAAAGGAAGGCCAAGAAAGGCCGGUCAACAUAUGGAAGGAAGAAACGAGCAGGGAGGAGAAGAAAAUGAUAUCUCCCCACCCCCUUACCCCUGGGGGGCUGUUCCUGUGCCAUGGCUUCCACACUGAUGAGAAAGAAAAGAACAUCAACUUGAAAGCUAGGAAGGAAGAAAACGAACUUUUUACAGGAACGCACGUAGAUGGUGAUUUCUACACAACAUCUUAAAAAGAAAAUGGAAAAUGGAAGGCUAGCAUGACUCUGGCGUUUCACUUCAUCCCCAAGAUAAUAAAGGUCACCUGUUGUGAAACUAAUAAAAUCACCAUUUUGUUGUU